GUCCAAGAGAAACUCAGGCGAAGAAAAAGAUGGGGAGCUCGAAGGAUAUGCUGCGCAGUGAUAUUCGUACCAUUCACGGUGCUUUGGAGGAGGUUCUUAAUUGUACUCGACCUGACGUUCCCUCCUGGCGUUUCCCCGGAAGACUCUCCGCCUCUCUGUCGCUGGAGGACGUGUUAGGACCUUCUGAGGAGCAGGAGAGAGCGAGCCUUCUAGAAGGAAUCGUCGACAGGUUGCUGCUUCUCCUGCAAGCCAGUCUGAAACUGUGGACCGAGGCCGAGGAGCGGCGUCCCUCCCACCCCCUACCUCUCUCCCUCUCCUCUGCUGUAAGGAAGUUCUGCCGACAACUGCUGCAGACGAGACGAAAAACACAGUUGCUCCAAACACAGCUAUCAGCCAGAGAUGAGCAGGUGUCUUUGCUGACCGUGGCUCUCGAGAGGGCUCAGGAUCAGGUUCAGCUGCUGCAGAGCUCUCUGGAUCAUGCCACCUCUGGUUCUCACCUCAGACCUGGCUCUGUCCUUUCCAGUGUGGUACCGUACGAGGCUAGGAGCACUCUCAGAAUCAGUCGACUGGCAUCCACACAGAGUAGCAGACAGUCAUCCUGCACCAACAUGCAUGAGCCAAGUACACCACAGCCAGCUACUCCAUUACCACAAACCUCGUUCCGGAGCCCGCAACUGGCGACCAACAGCGACCAAACUGGUCCAAAGUGUACCACUGUAUCCACCCAGACAGCCGAAACCUCAUUCGCCAUGUGUGUGAGGUGCACCUACACCCUGAAAACUCUGACAUCAACUGCAGGCAAACUGCAAGAACUCUGCGAGUCUCUUCACCUGUCAUCGCAUCUCUCAGACAGUAACUGGGACACGGAGGCAGAAUUAGGGACCCUGGAUCCAGGGAAAUGGAGCGGGGCAGUGCGGAGUGAUUUAGAUGCCAUCAGGAGAGCCCAUGAGACCAAGGAGGAAGAGCUAGUCAGCCUCACAGACACCUUGGUCCAACAGAAAUGGCAAGAAGAAAGACUGCAGUCAAAACUCAGUCAUGUGUCACUGCAGAUGAGUGAACUGCAAGAUAAAGCAGCAGAGAGUGAGAGGAACCGUGCUAUGGAGCUGGCUUCGUGUCGCGAGGCAGGCUCUGUUCGACUGAGGGAAGUGGUGGGAGCUUUGAGGAGUGUCCAGGAACACAGAGAUACACUGGAAGACCAGUUGACCUCUGUCAAAAUGGAGAGAGACAAACUUAUAGCUUCCUCUGCUGAUAUUGAGAAGCAACAGCAGAGUCUGGAGAGGGAGCUGCUGGAGGUGAGAGAGAGGGAAAGAUCUCUGCGAGGGGGUCAGGCAGCCCUGGAGAGCCAGCUGAAGAGACUGCAGGGAGAGCUGGUUGAGUGUAAGGAGCAACUAGAGACAGACAGACUCCAACUGAGCAAGGCCACCUCUCUACACCAGAGCAUCCAGAGAAAACACCAGGCAGGGCUGAGCAGACAGAGAGAGGUUCUGGGGAGACUGGAGGAGAUGGACAGAGAGACUGAAGACCUGAGGAGAGAGCUGGCAAGCACCACUAGGACCAGAGGCCAGAUGCUCUGCAGGGUUGAGGAGCUGCAGUCCGAGUGCUCUUCUCUGCAGAGACAAGUUGCAGAACACGAGGAGAAGUCUGUAGCUUCAGCCAGAGAGCAGGAGAGGCUGAGUGAGGAAUUGCUGGAUCUAGAACUGCGGCUGACCUCUCUCUCUGCUGAGCUGGAAAAAGAGAGAGAGAAUUGUCGUCUGAUAGUGACUCAUCCUGAGAACGGCUCCAACAGUGGUCGCGAUCUCCACAAGCACAUUACGGCAAACACCAUUAGAAUUCUUCUGCUGGAGGAGCAGAACACAGAGGUGAGAGAGGCAAUAGUACAGAAGGCCAGACAGACCAAGAACGGAGAGAACGGGAAAAAAGAGCUGAUGCAGCCCGUUCCUCUCUGGCAUAGCAGCUCACUGGUGUCUGUACUGCUGGGCCAAGGAAAACUCUCUGAUUCACCGCUCGCCAAACCUCCUCCGCGGCCCUCCGUUGCUGGGAGACUUAGCAAAGCAUCCCCAGCUCCUGCCAGCCCCGCCUUCUCUCACUGAACAGUGUUUUGUGACAUGCGCAUUAUUGUUUUCUAAUACCAUCAUGGCUGAACUAGCGCCGCGCGAGGUAUGGAGGCAAGCAGACGCCGUUUGCUUCGACGUGGAUAGUACUCUGAUACGUAUCGAGGGUAUCGACCAACUUGCCAGGCUCUGCGGGGCGGAGGAGCGGGUGACAGAGCUGACCCGGCAGGCAAUGGGAGGCUCUCUGACGUUCAGAGAAUCCCUGAGCCAACGACUCAACAUCAUUAGACCGUCUCGAGACCAGAUUGAGAAGUUCAAGUCACUUCACACCCCAGACACCAUUCUCACACCUGAUGUGCAGAGACUCGUAAAACUGCUGUUUCAGCGAGGUGCCGAGAUAUACUUGGUGUCCGGCGGAUUCCGAGAGGUGAUAGAGCCGCUAGCAGACCAUCUUGGCAUCCCCCGAGACCAUGUGUUUGCCAACAAACUACUAUUCACAGAAAACGGUGAGUAUAGAGGAUUUGAUGAAAGCCAGCCAACCAGUAGAUCUGGAGGCAAACCCACAGUGGUUGCGGAGAUCAAGAAAAAACACAAGACGGUUGUCAUGAUAGGUGAUGGAGCUACUGACAUGGAAGCCUCUCCUCCAGCAGACCUUUUCAUUGGGUUCGGAGGCAAUGUGGUGAGGGAGAAGGUAAAGGAAGGAGCCUCUUGGUUUGUCUACAAGUUCCAGGAACUGAUAUCAGAGCUAGAGAAUGACAGCACUGACUCCUAGACUAUUCAGCAAGUUUUUUUCCCCUUUGCAGCUCAGGUUCCCCAAACCACGUGUGGUUUCUUCUGCUGAGUUUCAGCAGUGCUAUAUAGUAGUAGAUCUGUGUCUGAUCAUAGAGUUUGCUACGUAUUAUAGCCUCUGUUUGUAACGUGCUCAUGCAAUUAGUUACUAUGGCAUUGCCAGAUUGGACAACAGCUGGUUCAUUUGGUCCUGUUCACUAUUAUGAAAGUGUCUAGGGAAAGUAGUUAUACUUCAACUGGUAGUGUUAUUUGAGCAAGUACUCUGCAUUGAAGCCAGGGAUCUUGUCGAUAAAGUCAGUGAACUCAGCCCGGAGUCUGGUGUACCUCUCCUCCCAGUCUGUCUUGAGCUCCGUCAUCUUCACCAGCUCCUCCUGGACCCCUCGAGUGGCCGCCGCUUCUGCCUCGCACUGUUCCCGCAGUCUGGAGCAUUUCUCCUCGCACUCCUUCCCCGCGACUGCCAAUCUACGGUCCAUUUCCUCCGUCAGUUCACGCCGCUGCUCCUCCAGGGCCUUUUCUCUCUCUUCUUUCAGUUGGACAAACUGCACCUCAAGCUCUCUGGCCUUUUCCAGCUCUGCUCGACGUUUCCCUGCGCGUCGCUCUUCGGCUACUUCCUCCAUCACCCUCUCAGCGUCUGCUUUGGCUCUCCCUUUCUCUUCCAACCUGGCCUCCUCGACUGCCGCUUCCCUCGCUCUCCCAGCCUCCUCCCACGCGCUCUUCACGGCCGCCUCCAGCGCAGCUUCGUGCUCUGCCACCAUUUUCCUCGUCCUAUCUGCGAACUCUCUCCUCAGCUCCUUCUCCAGACUCGCUGCAUGUUUGGCUACGGCUCUAAGUUGGCUCUGGUGGGCCUCGACGAACAGCUGCUGUCUCUCUCUCUUCCACUGUUGCCGUGCCUCCUCCAGUUCUCUAUCCCUCCUCUGGGUCUCCUCUCUCCUCACCACCUCCUCCGUGGAGCGGAUGGCCUUCUGCCGUUCUUGCUCCACCUCCGCCUCUCUCAUACACCGCAGCCCCUCCCCCACCUCUGCAAAGACGACUCAGCUCACAACACAAGGCUCUCUGGACGACGCAUCUCUUUCGACAGCGACUUACCAAGAAUGGCCUCGUGGCACAGAAUCUUCUUUUCUUCGCUCCACAUCUCGCUGGAAGCUAGCUCUGGAUCUCAGAGAUACCUAUGCGCAGUCAUUCGUCGCAGCCGCGGCUUUCUCAACCCUCGGCGCGCAUGCGCAGCGAGCCCUAUAGCAAAUGACGACGUACGUAUUAUACGUCCACCGUAAUAAACAUUCAUACAAAACUGAAGUCAGUGGUGACUGAAGUCCAUAAUAACAGCGGUGUGACAUAUACUGAGUGUUUCUUAGAGAUUUCCUCUCUUGGCUUGCUCCAACUCUAUUGCUUCAAACAGAGCCUUGAAAUUGCCUGCUCCAAACCCUGGUGGUUGUGUCUCUCUAUCACUUCCAAGAAGAGAGUCGGUCUGUCUUGCAUCGGCUUGGUGAAGAUCUGGAGGAGGUAGCCGUUGUCAUCGAAAUCCACCAGAAUACACAGUCGCUGGAGGUCGUUCAUGUUCUCCUUGACUGUGAUCUUGGCUCUCUCCAGUCUCCGUCGCAGCUCUGUGUAGUAGGUGUCGGGGAUUUUCAGGAACUCCAUUCCACGAGCCCUCAGGUUUGUGAU